UUAAUCAUGAACAAAAUACACCCAAAAAGGAGGCGGACAAUAAGUGAGAGAUAAAUAAUUGUUUGCCAAAUUUAAAUUCCCAAAAAUAGAUAAGAUUUUGGCUAUAAAUUGAGCUAGAUUUGUUUAAAUUCCAUCAGUUUCAAUAAUGUAUAGCUCUAAAGUAUUCUAUUUAUUCUGUGUGAUCCUCUUAAGCUUGGGAGCCUUCUGUCGUAGCGCGGGCCUGACACCACGAGGUGCUGCCAAGGAAUUGAGUGGGGAUAGUAGGAAGGAAGCCUUAGACCUAUUGGACGCAUCUCUGACCAAACUCGUAACUGGCAAUGGACCAAACUACAAGAUUACUAAAGUUACUUCGGUGAAGGGUCAAACUGUAGCCGGCACCUUGAAUACCUUCCAAGUGGAACUCACUCAUGGCGACGAGGCUGGCAAGGAUUGCACUGUCAAGAUCUGGACACAGCCUUGGCUGACAGAGAAUGGCACCAAUAUUAAAAUUCAAUGCACCGGAGAUGACACUGAACAAAGCCAAACCUGGUAG